CAGUGCUUCAAAUGAACUCACUGAAUAAUGAUCGCACUGAUCAGCGAACCUGCCUUAUCUGUGGAGACAGAGCUACAGGUCUGCACUAUGGCAUUAUUUCAUGUGAGGGCUGCAAAGGCUUCUUCAAGCGCAGUAUUUGCAACAAACGGGUUUACAGAUGCAGUCGAGACAAGAACUGUGUCAUGUCACGCAAGCAACGGAACAGAUGUCAGUAUUGCCGGCUGCUUAAGUGUCUCCAGAUGGGCAUGAACCGAAAAGCAAUCAGGGAAGAUGGGAUGCCAGGAGGCAGAAACAAAAGCAUUGGCCCUGUUCAGAUAUCUGAAGAAGAGAUUGAAAGAAUUAUGUCUGGACAAGAAUUUGAGGAGGAAGCUAAUAACUCGUGGAGCAACAAUGGAGACAGUGAUCACAGCUCCCCAGGCAAUGGGAUCUCUGAGGGCAACCAACCGUCACCCGUUUCCACUCCUUCCUCAAGCAGAUCAGUGGAGCUGAAUGGGUACACUGCACUCAGGGAUCAGUUCAUAGGGACACCAGUCUCGGCGCACUAUCAGUACCUGCCGCACCUUUUUAGCUAUGCUGCUCAUUCAGGUCUGUUAGCCCCACAACCCCGCAGCCUGGAUCCUCAGUCGCACACUCUUGUAGGUCAGUUGGUUGGAGCUGAAGAUCUUGAACCACUUGGAACACCAAUGCUGAUUGAAGACGGGUAUAAAGUAACUCAAUCCGAGCUCUUCGCUUUGCUUUGCCGGCUGGCAGAUGAGUUACUUUUCAGGCAAAUAGGCUGGAUCAAAAAACUGCCAUUUUUCUGUGAGUUAUCAAUCAAAGACUACACCUGCCUGUUGAGUUCUACCUGGCAGGAGCUUAUCCUGCUCUCCUCCCUCACAGUCUACGAUCGGCAGAUAUUUGGAGACCUUGCGGAUGUUACCUCAAAGUAUGCACCCUCUGAUGAUGAACUCCAAAGAUUCAGUGAGGAGGGGAUGGAGGUUAUGGAAAGACUAAUCUACCUCUUCAGAAAAUUUCAGCAGCUGAAGGUCAGCAAUGAGGAGUAUGUGUGCAUGAAAGCCAUCAACUUUCUCAAUCAAGAUAUAGGGGGUCUGACAAACGUAUCUCAGUUGGAGCAAUUGAACAAGCGCUAUUGGUACGUGUGCCAGGAUUACACGGAGUUCAGAUAUCCACACCAGACCAAUCGUUUCCCUGAGCUCAUGAUGUGCCUGCCUGAGAUCCGCUACAUUGCAGGCAAAUUGGUCAAUAUUCCUCUGGAACAACUUCCACUGCUGUUCAAAGCAGUGCUGCACUCGUGCAAAGCCAGUGCAAAUAAAGAGUGA